AUGAGAGCUAUACUGAUCUCCGAGUUCGGUCCAGUCGAGAACCUAGUCAUCAAAGACCUCCCCAGACCGUCAGCAACAGUCCCUGGCACAGCACUUAUCCGCAUCAAAGCCUUCGGCAUCAACCACGCAGAAAUGCAUAUGCGCCGCGGCGAAUGGGCAGAGUCGGUCCCUAUCAGCGGUAUCGAAUGCGUCGGAAUUAUUGAAGAGUGUCCAGGAGGAGAGUUCGCUACAGGAACACCAGUUGCAGCACUCAUGGGCGGCCUUGGUCGGACUAUACCCGGUAGUUACGCAGAGUAUACCGUCGCAAAUACGAACAACAUAGUCGCACUGGGCGAACCUGGAGAACGACUACCGCUGUCUUGGGCAGAUGUAGCUGCGCUGCCUGAAAGUUAUGCUACAGCCUGGACGUGCCUAUUUCGAAACCUACAUCUACAACGUGGACAGAGGAUUAUUAUUAGAGGUGCUACCUCAUCUUUUGGAAGAGCGGCGAUCAAUCUCGCUGUCGAUGCAGGAGCUAUCGUCACUGCGUCAUCUCGCAACGAAGCCAAGUUUGCCAUGUUGCGAGACCUCGGAGUCGCGGAAACAGUCCUCGAAACGCCCAACCUGAGCCAACACCUCUAUGGAAGCAGGCAGUUCAACAAGUUCGAUUCGGUACUGGACUUGGUUGGAAACAGCACAAUUGUCGACUCACUGCAACUAGUCCGUCGAGAUGGUCGGGUCUGCUUGGCAGGAUGGCUAGGAGGUUUAGAUCCCAUUAAUGGACCACCGGGGCCUGACGAGUCGCGGGGAUUCAAUCCGCUGCUGCAAAUGGCAAGUGGAGUUCACUUGAGCUUCUUUGGAAGUUUUGUGUUUGGGACUGAAGAGUUCCCAGUGUCUGACGUCCCGUUGAGGAGUAUUAUGCUCAAGGUGGCCGAAGGGAAGAUUGAUGCAAAGCCUUGGAGGGUGUUUGACUUUGAGCAGAUACACGCUGCUCAUAGGGCAAUGGAGAAUGGGGCUGCUAAUGGGAAAAUGGUCGUUACCGUUGAGUAG